AGCGAUUAGUGUUCACCUGAACCUGUUGAAUAGAGUUUGCUAUUGAGAGCGGUUCUUAUGAGUUUAAAUGACUAUGUUAACAACAGCAAGUCAGCUGCAGGCAGCAGGGACCGGUAACAGAGCUGGAUCUGCGCAAAUUUUUGCGCUAAACGAAUAUAAAACUGCCAGCCGCACACAUUAGCCCAGUCGUAGAUCAUUGUCAGUGAACCGAGUACACAAAUUACCGGGAGUCGAGUCAAAUCAAUUUACAAUUUAAAAUUCUGUUGAUAAUACUUGAGGUCAACGUAGCCAACAAGAAAAGAAAAUAAAUUUAAAUAAAAUUUCUAUAUUAAAAGGACAAACAAAAACUGUUACGAUAAGCCACAAUAAACCAGUGGCCAGAGAGUAAUUAAGUGCCGGUAUAAGCGUGCACAGUGCGUUCGCGCGUGAAUUUAUGUGACAGUCGAUUUUUUAACUUGUACAUACCAAUGUUAAUCGCUUAAAUAUAAAAUAAAUAAACAAAUAUUACAAAGAAAAACAUAAUUUCAGGAAUAUUUUCGUCUUUUUGAGCGCUGUGGUUAAGUGAUUUUGGCAGUUGGUGGCGGUAAUACAAUAAGAGAAUAGGAAAAGCAGAAACAAAUUUAGAAACACGAAAGCAAAACAAAUCGCCCUGAUAUUGGCAUUUACAAAAUAAAUAGAUAAAUAGGGGCACAGAUAUACUUAGCAAAAUGAAUAUACAAAAUUUGCACGAACAAACCAUGCUGAGAAAUAGGCAGGAUUUCGCGAAGAAAGACUCGGUGAUCCUUGAAGCACGAUAUACG